AUGGCUACAGAUGUAUCUCAAUGGAAAGAAAUGCUGGACAAUUCAAUGUCCGGCAACUUCAUCUUGAGUGAAAAUUUAGUUGAUGUCCUCCUACGAUUGCCUGUGAAGUCAAUUAUCCGGUUUAAGUGUGUAUGCCAAUCAUGGCAGACUUUGUUUAAUGAUCCUGAUUUCAUUAACAUGAACCUCAGGCGAGCUAUUACACAUAACAAUUGUUGCAUGCUCCUUAAGUAUCUGUCCAGCUCUGAGGAAGAAGUUUACUCCUUACGCUGUGACAAAGAUUUUGCAGAAUUCAGGAGACUACAAGUACCCGUUCCUAGCAAAACAGACUACUACCAUAUAGUUGGAUCCAGUAAUGGGUUGAUUUGUCUAACUGAAUCCAACAACAAGGGUUCAUAUGUUACAGUGGACACAUUUCUUUGGAACCCUAGUGUUACAGCUCAGUGGAAACCCCUCCCAAAGUAUUUGAUCAACAAUAUGAUGACUAGUCCUUUUAUGGUGGUUGGUCUUGGAUUCGCUUUUCAUCCCCAGAUUGAUGACUACAAAGUGGUGAGAAUUGUUUACUUUCUAAAGAGCAAAACAUAUGAAGUUCAUGUCUACUCGUUAAAACAAGAUGCCUGGAAGAAUAUCGAUGCCAAGGUCCACUGUCACAUCCAUGAUACCGUGUCCCGAACAUUUGUUAAUGGAGCUUUGCAUUGGUUGGCAGCUAAGAAAAAUCAAGGGAGGGGCAAAUCUGAUGAUUUGAUCCUGUCAUUUGACAUGGUUGAAGAUAAUCUUCGCGAGAUGAUACUGCCUGAAUUUGGCUACGAUGAAUCAUCGACCCAGAAAUGUCUUGCGGACUACAAGGGUUUGCUCUCGGUCUUAGUUUACAAUGCCCAUCGCUGCAAUGACAAUUGUGACAUAUGGGUAAUGGAUGAGUAUGGUGUUGCAAGUUCUUGGACCAAACGUUUUACCUUCUGCCUUGAUGUUGAGAUUUUGAUACUGCUAGACUUCCUUGAUAAUGGUGAAGUUGUAGUGCAAAACAAGAAUGGAGGACUAGUUGCAUGUGACCCAAAUGGGGGAAAAAUCAGGGAUCUUAAAGUUGCAGGACCUGCUUGUCUCGUUAAAUACAUUGAGACCCUGGUUUCACCUAGGGGAGGCAAUCCACCAGUUGAGCAACCUUUUAGCUAUCCUUCAUUUUCCACCCUUAGUUUGAGUGAGGAGGAGAUACAUAUUGAGGUCGGAGAAGCAGGCGAAUCAAGUAAAAGACCCAGCAAGCUAUCUCAGCCUUCUUGA